AUGGUAUUUCAACUCCCGGCCGCUGUCGAUGCCGAAGCUGUCGCGGUGAUAUGCUACUCCUUCAUCUGCUUCUUCUCUAAUAUUCUACUGGGAUGGCUUCUUUGGAAGCACAAUGACCGGACAAAUAUUGCCUGCAUCUCCUACGCUACUCUCAUCAUCACGACGACGAGUAUAUGCCAGCAGUUCUACGACUACGCCUACUGGCGAGACAUUCUGACGGAACAAUUCUACUAUGCGAGACAAAACGCCGAUAAUGCGGAGGUGCAAUACCAUAAGGGGUCCCAGGGCAUCAAGCUCGUCCUCAGCUACGUUCGCAUCUUUGGAUUCACCAUUGCAUCGACAUUUGUCUUUUUCUUUGCGUUAUCUCUAGCCGCUAGUGUCUACGGAUGGUUCGCGACAACGCCGAGGACAACACACACCAUUUCCAUUGUCGGAAGAGUCUUGCCCAUCAUUCUCACCAGUCUCACCGUCGGCCUGAUGCACUCUCCGCCAGCCCAGAAGUCGUUCCUGGUGUACAUCCUUUUUGGAAGCGCUGUACUGCUGCUCAUGAUCCUUUUGAAAUACGUCCACUCGCGGCGGAACCUCACAAGCUGGAACGUGCUCUACGGGAACCCGGACAUGAACUCUUCGCUACCGAGCAGCAAUAACGGCGGUGGCAGCGUCAAGGCACGGUCCGUCUGGUUGGGCAGUGGCUCAAGCCGCGGUGGGCGAAGUCGGGCGUACAGCGGUGCUGGCACCAAUAACACAUAUGACAGUUGGUUGGUGAUCCGCCUAUCGAUCGCCUUCGCGGUGCUCUGUGUGUUUGAGUACACAAACGUGAUACCGCGCAUCGCCGCGGCAAACCACACCAUCGACACCGCCGAUAACCUGGAGCCCGAUCUCAGCGUUAGACGAGCACGUUCCAGUAUCAGGGGAUACGUCGCCGGCGUGACACCAAGCCUGGUCGCCUUUCUCGUCUUCGGGACGACCAAGACGUUUCAAUGCAAGAUUUACGACACCUUUAUGCCAAAGGGAUUCUCGAGGCGGAAUAGGCAGAAACGAAACCUGUCCCUCUCUUUGAGGGACUCGGCCGCCGCGUCCCCGCCCCAUCCACCAGCUCGGCGCCCGCAGCAAGUAGACGAGUUUUCCCUCGCCGACAUGAGCCCAAAGUUCCUGCAAAGCGGCACCUACAGCCCCCAAUUUCCGUCUGGUGGCAACGUUAGUCCUAGGCUACCGUACGGAAACCAUGCAAGCCCUGAAUCAAGUCUCGGCACGCCGAGGGGUGUGCUCCCGCCUAAGGCUCACAUCAACCAUGCUGGACAAUUUCUGAGCCAGGGGGUCGGCGCUCCCAAUCCGCGGACACACAGCGCUAGUUCCAGUCCGAGUCUACAGUCAAAGUUUUCAGUAUACGGGCGCCCUGAGGCACGGGUCAAGGCUCUUCCUCGGACACCAUACAAAUAG